AAAAAAAACGUAUAAGCAUCUGCUUUCUUAUCAGUUCUGUAAACACUUGCUAUACAUAGCAUUUUGCACCCUGUUGAGCCAUGUCCUCUGAUCCUGCUUUGAAGAACCUCGUCAAGGUGAAUGAUACUCCCGCACCUGUGGAGAUCAAGACGGAUGAGGUCCACAUGAAGCGUGUUGCUCGUCCUCUCCGUCAUGUCAAGAACAUUCCUACGAAGCAGCUUGUGUUCUAUUCAAAGUACAAGGAGCCACAGUUCACCUAUGACAUGCCUAUUAAGCUGCCUAUCCCUGCGAGGGCCAUCGUUGUCCAGGUCAGAGCUGCCCCACUGAACCCAUUAGACCUGAAGAUCAUCAACAGUUACACUUCCAACAUGAACAGCGAGCGUGGUAUUGGCCGUGAGUAUGCCGGUGUUAUCACCAACAUCGGCUCCAAAGUGACCGGCGAUUGGAAAGAAGGAGACGAGGUUUGCGGCUUGUAUAUCCAUCCCAACGGCUUUGGCACACUGUGCUCCAGCAUUGUGAUCUAUCCCUCUGAGGAUGCAAUAGUACACAAGCCAAAGGGGCUAUCAUGGGAAGAGGCGUCGUCGUGGAUGAUCACUUUUGGAACCGCAUUCCAGGCAUUGGCCAAGUGUAAAAUCUCCAAGGACUCGAAUGUUUUGAUCAACGGUGGCUCCUCAAGUGUUGGUAUGAUGGCCAUCCAACUCUUGAAGCAGUCAUAUCACACCGAGAACAUUGUUGCUGUGUGCUCGGGUUCUGCGAUCCCGUUAGCGAAGCAGGUUGGUGCUAAGUUAUGUGUGAAUUACAAAGUGAACCCGGAUGUGCCACACGUGCUUGAUGUAUUGACGACAACUGGUGUCUAUAAAGACUAUGACGACCAAGGCAACCCAAUUGAAGUCCGUGAUAUCCCAGGCAAGAAGUUUGACCUCAUUCUCGAUUGUGUUGGUGGCUACAAACUCGUUGAACAUUGCAAGGAGUACUUGGCCAAUGGAGGAAGUUACAUCACCACGGUGGGUGAUUACCAUUUCAACUACAAGUCCGACCUUUACAAUUCCUGGAACAACGUGAGCAUGGGUGCCAGAUCCUGGUUUGCAGGAGUAUGGAACAUGAAGUACCUCAAGCUUGAAUUCAACAAGAAGCCAGGUGAUUGGAUCGAAGUUGGACGUGAAAUGCUGGAGGCUGGUGAGAUAACAAACGUUAUCGAUUCGACGUAUGAUUGGAAGGAAUAUGCUGCUGCAAAGCGUAAAGUUGAAAGUGGACAUGCCCACGGUAAGGUUGUUCUCAAAGUGGAGCUGUUCUAAAGUGUUACAGUCCACCUUCAGCUAAACUGCGGCAUAGACAAUCGAGUAAUAGCUCAAUCUUUUCAUCUUGUACGGCAUUCAGAUACAACUAAGACUGUAUACAAGACAAAGUCAAAGAAACAUAAUUUAAAUGUGUGUAUAUAAAUUCAAUCAUUAGAAUCACAUAAUAUCGUAUUCUC